AGUUGAAGAGCCAAUAACUUGUCUCUUGCAAUUGCCCAAAGGAUCAUCACUCAUCGGCCCAUUUAUAUUUAUAAAAGGACCCAUUUCUGCGACUAUAUAUAAAACCCAUUAACUUCUCUCCUCUCUUUGCCUCUUCUCGAUUACAUUCAAAGAUACUUACCCAAUCGUUUAUUUUGAAGCUAUAUUUGAUCCGAUCAUGGCUCACUGCAUUUUUUUACAGGUCCCAGUUAGGGUCCCUAUCAGCAGUGAUUCAUCUGUCCGGAGACCCGUGUUUAAGACAAAUAAUGUGACUUUUCAUGAUAAAUCGUGGACUUCUGGCAAACCUUUUAACUUGAGAAGUGAAAAUGCACGAUCGAGAAGUCGAUUUGUGGUUUGCAUGUCUGUACAGCAAGCCAGUAAACCUAAGGUUGCUGUUUCACCUGUAACACUAGAAGAUGCGAAAGAGCAUCCACUACACUUAUACAAAAACAAGGAACCAUAUACAGCAACCAUCGUCUCUGUUGAAAGGCUUGUUGGUCCAAUGGCUCCUGGAGAGACAUGUCAUAUUGUCAUCGAUCACGGUGGCAAUGUUCCUUAUUGGGAAGGACAAAGUUAUGGGGUCAUUCCUCCUGGUGAAAACCCUAAAAAGCCUGGUAGUCCACAGAAUGUUCGUCUAUAUUCAAUUGCAUCUUCCAGGUACGGUGACAAUUUUGAUGGUAAGACUGCAAGUUUGUGUGUUCGACGCGCUCUCUAUUAUGAUCCCGAGACAGGAAAAGAAGACCCCUCAAGAAAAGGAGUAUGCAGCAACUUUUUAUGUGAUUCAAAGCCUGGAGACAAAAUUCAGCUCACAGGGCCUUCUGGCAAGAUAAUGCUUCUGCCUGAGGAUGAUCCAAAUGCCACCCACAUUAUGAUUGCCACUGGUACUGGUGUGGCUCCCUACAGAGGCUAUCUUCGCCGAAUGUUCUUGGAGGACGUUCCCACGUUCAAAUUUGGGGGUCUCGCUUGGCUUUUCCUUGGGGUUGCUAAUAGUGACAGCCUUCUUUACGAUGACGAGUUCUCCAAGUAUCUUCAGGACUACCCUGAUCAGUUCCGAUACGACCGUGCCCUUAGUCGAGAACAGAGGAACAAAAGUGGAGGCAAGAUGUAUGUUCAGGAUAAGAUUGAAGAGUACAGUGACGAGAUCUUUAAACUUCUUGAUGGUGGAGCACACAUUUAUUUCUGUGGGCUUAAAGGGAUGAUGCCGGGAAUUCAGGAUACUCUCAAGAGGGUUGCAGAGGAGAGAGGGGAGAGCUGGGACGAGAGACUCUCUCAACUGAAAAAGAAUAAACAGUGGCACGUUGAAGUCUAUUGAUGCUGCUCAAGUUGUAGCUGAUUGUUACUCAAUAUAUCAUGGGAAAGGAGGAUUCUUCUUGCUACAUGAUGUUAGUAUUUCUUUAUUAACUUGAGAGGCCCAUGUGAAGUUGAACUUCACUAGCACUUCUAUAUUUAUGUCAUCAUGUGUACAUUAGUGGAUGAAGAAAACUUGUUUUGUGCUUCGAAUUGAAUGCUCAAGAAAUCUCUUGAUAAUUUCUUGACAAAAUUCUGAAC